CCUACCCCUCCCUUCACCCCACCCUCCUCUAAAUCUUCUACUAAAAAGAGUGUCCACGCUGUGCUUUCCACUCCUCUUUCUCAUCUGCUCCCACCUUCUUUUGGGGGCAAAUGCCUCCCCCUCCUCCCCUCCUCUCCUCCCCCCCAUCCUGUCAAGCUCCCUCUCCCACUUAGUGGUCUCCCCUCUUAACCUCAGAUUACAGGGCCGCUCUCUGAGGUGGUGGGGGUUACAGACGUCCAGUCCAAACACUGGCAGGGCUCCAUGGAAGAGGUUCUCACAUCCAGCAUAAGGAGCCGUCACUCACUCUCUUUAUCCCGUAUCGAGAACCAAGAAAAUCAUCCAGAAGGCGCCCCGGCUCAUCUGAAAGCGAAGGUCAGAGUCGUAACAUGGCGUCCCAGGUCCCGGCGCUGCCCGAGUCCUUCGCCCCGGGGGCGGACACCGUCUUCUCCGACCAGUCGGGCUUUCACUCCCUGGACUCAAACGUGCCCGGCCUGUCUCAGGUGAUCCUCGACAAGCUCAACAUGAAGGACUAUGGAGAAUACAGGUCGGCGGUGGAGGGGAAGGUUCGGGGAAUCUCGUUCCGUAACUACAAGGAGAUGUUCCAGAAGAUGGAGGAAACCUUCAAGUUCUGCACCGGCUGCAGCCGACUCCCCGGCCAGCUGGGCGAGGGCCAGAGCCUGAAGCGCUGUGUGAAGUGUUUGAAUGUCUAUUACUGCACAAAGGACUGUCAGAAAAAGGAUUGGCCCCUGCACAAAAAGUUCUGCAAAUCGCUGCGGCUGGUGGCCAUCGACAGACUGGUGGAGUGGCUGAUGUUCACUGGAGAUCUCCCGUUCUCCACUGAGAAAUGGUCCAGGUCGGCCGCCGAGGUCAGGAGCUGGGACGACUGGCUCCCCAUGCAGGGCGACCUGGCGCCGCGUCUGGACGCCAUCGCGUCCGGCGCCGGCAUGGCCAACCUCUGGAAGAACGCCUCCAGGCCGAGGCCGGACGACGGCGACCUCCGGCAGUCGCUGUGGCGGAUCCAGAGCGAGUUCCUCUCCCGGGUCCUCACGGUGGGGAUGGCCGUGCGGCAGUUCGGCCUCGACCCGUACGCCAAGCCGCUCACCGUCCACCUGGCGGGAGCGUCCCACAACGAGACCAUGGGCGCCAGGCUGACGGACUACGACGAGCUGAACCGCAUGUUUCCCGGGCACCAGGGCGUGGAGGUGGUGAUGGUGGGGCCCGAGGUGGUGCACGGCCCCAUCGUGAGACCCCCCCUCACGGCGUUCGGCCCCCGGCAGAGAGUUUACAUCAGUGCCUACAAAGACCUGUACCAUCAGUUCUGGGAGGACGUGGUGGAGAAAGGCAGAGCGGCCAGGCCGGACCUGGUGGUCGGAUUUCAUCCUGGGUUUCAUGCUAACCAGGGUCUCGUCGAAGGCUGGCUGCCCACUCUUCUGCUGCUCAGAGACUACAACAUCCCCUCCUUUUUCACCAUGUACAAUGAGAUGGAGCUCAAACACUCGCUGCAGAUCCUGCUGGAGCUGGAGAUGCACAUCAGGGACAGCGGGUCCAAUCCGUUCUCCUCGCAGAAACCCGAGCAGGUCCAGGCCUGUCCCAACAAGCCUCCGGUCUACUGCAACUCCCACUACGUCCGUUUCCAGGGACUGCUGCCCUGCGAGGACUUUGAGGGGCCGGCGGCCGACAGCUAACGGCUCAUCAUCAACCAUGAUGGACAACCA